UACUCUACUCAUAUACUAAUAUCUUAUAUUUUUCCAGCAAUUACAGCUUCAUUCAUGACAGCCAUAACAUGUACACGGCAGACCAGGAUAAAAUAUCAAAUGCAGAAGAUGUAAUGUUCGAUAUGUUCAAAAAUGAAGAGACUAAAUUACUUCACGUUGGAAAAUUCUUGGCUGCCCUGAGAACCACAGGCUUAAGAAAAAAUGAUCCACGACUUCAAGAACUGACAGAUAAUUUGAAAAAGGAACAUACGAAAUCUGGAGGACACGAUGGAACGUCUCACGAAACGCAAAAAUUAACUCGGGAACAAUUUAAAAGAAUAAUAACGCCAAACAUAGUCCUCAUAUCACGAGCGUUCAGGCAUCAGUUCAUCAUACCGGAUUUUCCUGGCUUCACGAAACACAUCGAGGAUUUUUACUGGAAGUGCAAAUCCAACAUCGAAGGUAAAGUGGCAGCUUACAUCCCGCAAUUAGCUCACAUGAAUUCCGAGUAUUGGGGCGUUUCGAUCUGCACGAUUGACGGGCAGAGAUUCAGUAUUGGUGACACAACGAUUCCAUUCACGCUUCAGAGCUGUAGCAAACCCCUUACGUACGCGAUCGCCCUCGAGAAACUCGGCCAGGAGGUGGUUCAUAAGUACGUGGGGCAAGAGCCGUCUGGGAGAAAUUUCAACGAACUCGUUUUAGAUCACAAUAAAAAACCACACAAUCCCAUGAUUAAUGCCGGUGCUAUUUUAGUGUGUUCAUUAUUAAAAAGCUUGAUAAAGCCAGAAAUGACGCUUGCGGAAAAAUUCGACUUUACAAUGAAUUACUUUAAGAAGCUUGCUGGAGGUGAAAGUUUAGGAUUUAAUAAUGCUGUCUUCCUGUCAGAACGUGAGGCAGCCGAUAGAAAUUAUGCACUUGGAUUUUAUAUGAGAGAGCACAAAUGUUAUCCAGAGAAAACUAAUCUUCGCGAGUGUAUGGAUUUAUAUUUUCAGUGUUGUUCCAUGGAAGCCAAUUGCGAGUCAAUGUCAGUGAUGGCGGCAACAUUAGCAAACGGUGGAAUUUGUCCUAUAACGGAAGAGAAGGUGUUGAGACCCGAUAGUGUUCGAGAUGUCCUGAGCUUAAUGCAUAGCUGCGGAAUGUACGAUUAUAGCGGUCAAUUUGCUUUCAAGGUUGGCAUACCCGCGAAAUCCGGUGUCUCGGGCAGUCUGCUUAUGGUCAUACCCAACGUGAUGGGCAUCUGCACUUGGUCACCGCCCCUCGACAUGCUUGGCAACUCCUGUCGGGGCGUGCAGUUCUGCGAGGAGCUCGUCGGCGAGUUCAACUUCCACAGGUACGACAAUCUCAAGCACGCGGCAAACAAAAAGGAUCCCCGGAGGCACAAGUACGAGACGAAAGGCCUAUCGAUCGUCAAUUUGCUCUUCAGUGCGGCCAGCGGCGACGUCACGGCAAUGCGCAGGCACCGGCUCAGUGGCAUGGAUAUGACGCUGUCUGAUUACGAUGGCCGCACGGCCCUGCAUUUGGCGGCGAGUGAGGGACACCUGGACAGCGUGAAGUUCCUUAUCGAGCAGUGCGGAGUGCCACACAAUCCCAAGGAUAGAUGGGGAAAUCGGCCCAUUGACGAAGCGGAGACAUUCGGUCAUAUGAAAGUAAUCGAGUACCUAAAGAAUUUCGAGAAAAUACUUAAGAGCGGCAGUCAUGAAAAAUCAACUAAAAAUGAAAAUAGCAAUAAGAAUGGAGGAUGCACGACUAGCGAAACAUCAAUAACCCAACGUAAGAACUCGGUAGAUUCGAUUAUCGACUUAAAGUCAAAUGAUAAAUCACUUUUGCCUUAA